AGAGAGUAAGAGAGUUUAGAGAGAGAGAGAGUAAGAGAGAGUUUUAGAGAGAGAAAGAGGGAAAGAAACAAAGAAACACCGCUCUCAGGCGUAAGCUGGUUUCCACAUUGCAGGAGAAAAACAAAGAAAACCAAUAAAAAACCUCAAGGUUCUUACUGAGCAAAAUCAAAGGAGAACGGCCGAAUUCGAGGCUCUGAAGCUCCCCUGUCUUUUAGGUUUCUUGUAUCACAAGCUUUCGAUCUUCACCUUUAAUGGCGGAUUUCUGAGAUCCCUUGCCAUUUACGCUGCAUUUGCUAAGGUUUUUUGGCUCCGUGGUAUUCAUUUACUGUGUUUUUGUGCGCUUCUGGUUCAUAACUCAAAACUCUGCAACUUAGGCCGAUCUUGGAGGGAGUUUGAUUAGAAAACAAGCUUCUUCUUUUGAUGCCUCUGUGUAAGGUAUCCAGCCCUACAGUUCACACCCUAUCCUUCGACUCAGGCAUGAAUCGAAGCUCAUGCUGAAACCCUGAGCUGUCUCUCUUUCUCGAAUGGACAUUGCAAAGCCUGCAUCCAAUAUAACUGACAUAGUCCACCGCUUUGCUAAAGUCUGUAGGCUCAGGUCCAUAGGUGUUUUCUCUGAUGAAAACCCUAGCUCAAACUCUAACAACUCUUUAGAAGACAGCAGUGAUGCUACUCGAACCUCUGAAGGAAACGAUAAACAGAAGGUCCACCCUCAACCAAUGGAGGACCCCAAAGCCAUUGAAGCCUUGGAAAGCCUUAUAAACACUCUCUUCUCUAACAUUUCCUCUCUUAAACAUGCCUAUAUCCAGCUUCAAGCUGCACAUACUCCUUACGACCCUGAAAAGGUCCAAGAAGCUGACUUGCUCGUGAUCUCAGAGCUAAAAUCUCUCUCUAAACUCAAGCAGUCAUUUCGAGAGACUUAUAAGCAGAAACCGAUUUCUUAUACGACAGAUUCUCACUUUCUCAAUGAAAUUCAAGAGCAACAAUCAUUAUUGAAGACUUAUGAGGUUAUGGUGAAGAAAUUUCAAACCCAAAUUGAAACCAAAGAGUCUGAGAUAUCAGAACUGAGGCAACAGCUUGAGGACUCGAACCUGAGGAAAGCCAAGCUCGAGAAGAGGCUUAAACAGAGGGGCCUCUCGAGCCAGCUCUCAGAAGUAGAUGGAAAUGGGUUUUUAGAGGCAGAAGAGGGGAAUGGUUUUUUUGCAAUGGAGUUGACGCCAAACUUGUUCUCUUCUUGGGUGGAAUCAGCUUCUCGAGGUGCUCAUGACUUUUCUAAGCCAUUAAUCAACUUGAUGAAGGCUUCAGGUUGGGACUUGGAUGCAGCGGCUACCUCUAUUGAGCCAGGGGUUGUGUAUGCAAAGAGGGCCCACAAGAAAUAUGCAUUUGAGUCCUAUGUUUGCCGCCGCAUGUUUAGUGGGUUCAAGGAGGAGAGCUUCUCCCUAGAAUCGCACCCAUCUCUAAAAGCAAGCCUCUCUCUAGAUUCAAACCUCUCUCAAGAGUUAGAGGGGCUAUCCGUUUCUAAAGAGGGAUUUUUUCACCAAUUCCUCGCUGUGAGGGCCAUGGACCCAUUGGAUAUAGUGAGCUUGAACCCAAACUGUGUAUUCGGGAAAUUUUGCAGGUCCAAAUAUGUCAAUUUGGUUCACCCCAAAAUGGAGGCCUCGUUCUUUGGGAAUUUGGAUCAAAGAAACUAUGUUUUAAAUGGGGGUCAUCCAAGAACACCAUUUUAUCAGGCUUUUUUGAAGCUUGCAAAGGCUGUAUGGCUUGUCCAUAGAUUGGCCUUCUCUUUUGAGCCUAAGGUCGAGAUUUUUCAGGUGAAGACAGGGACCGAAUUUUCAGAGGUCUAUAUGGAGAGUGUCGUGAAGAAUUUGGUGGCCGAUGAGGAGUUUAGAGGUCGGCCAAAGGUCGGAUUCAGUGUGAUGCCAGGGUUUAAGGUUGGGGGUAGUGUGAUACAAUGCCAGGUUUAUUUGACAGACAUGAAGUGUGCUGAUUGACAUGAGAAAGAGAGAGAGAGUUGUAAAGUAUUUGCAGAGGCUGGUUCUGUCCUAGUCUUAUUUUGGGGGUGAUGGAAGGGAAAAAGUUUUAUUUUUACUUUUUUUCUUUUUGUCAAUUAAUGUCAUUUUUUUUAGCUUCUUUGUCUGUUUUGUUAUUUGGUUUUUUCUGUAAGGUUCUUCUGUAAAAAUGUUAGGGUGUAGGGAAGGGUGGCAGUGGAGGUCCAAUCAUAAUGAUGGAGGGAUUCAAGUACUGGUAAUUGUAUGGUAAGUUUUGAAUUAUCAGGAACUUGAGUUUUUUUCAUUCUCUCUCUAAGAACUGGUCUUGCAUUCAAGAGCUGGGAAUCUUACUUGAAAAUCAUAGACUUGACUAUG